UUUCCAUCUCAUCCCACCCCACCCCACCACCCACACCAAAGCAAAGCAAAGCAGAGCAGAGCAGAGCCCUCCCAUCUCUUUCCCUCUUUCUUCCUCUGAUCUCCAAAGCGAUCGAAGGUGAUCGAUCGACGACACAACGACCCCAGACAGACACAACCAGAUCAUGGCGGUGGAGCCCGACAGCGGCAGCCGGGCGGUCGUCCAGCCCGCCGCUGCGGCCCGCGGCGGCGGCGGUAGCAUGGAGCCCGGGCUCGGGAAGCGCCUCAUGACGGUGCUCCGCGCCGUCUACCACAUGCUGCGCCGGGGCCUCUGCCGCAAGCGCCUCAUGAUGGACCUCCACCUCCUGCUCGGCAGGGGCAAGCUCGCCGGCAAGGCGCUCCGCGACCUCCUCGCCGCCGCGCACCACUCCCACUCCCACCACCACAACCACAUGGUCGUCCCGUCCUCCUCCACGUCCCGCGCCGGCCGCCGGGCUCCAUCAUCAGCCUCCGCGCUCCCCGCCACCGCCACCGCCACCCCGGGCGGCCUCUCGUUCGUCGGCCCGUACGACCCCCGGGACGUCGAGUUCAGCUGCACCACCACGCCGUCCUACUCCUUCGGCCACGGCGCCGCCGGUCACCUGGCCCCGGCACGUGCGCUGUUCCCCUUCAAGAUCCGCGGCCGCGGCAGCAGCGCCGCCCGGGCCGGGUGCGACGGGCUCGACUUCGCGCAGGUGGCGCGCGCGCUCGAGAAGAUGCACGCCGACGACGAGGCCUCCGCCGGAUCCGGCGCUGACGACCAGGCGGCGUCGCCGUCGCCGUCGGUCGCGGGGGCCACGCCGUCGCCUAUGCUGGCGCUCAGCCUCGGCCGCAGCCCCGCCGGGGCCCGCCGCCUGCGCGUCACCGACUCGCCCUUCCCCGUCGACCCACCGGAGGGCCUCGACGCCCGCGCCGACUCCACCUUCGACGCCUUCAUCAGCAAGUUCUACGAGACCCUCCGCCUGCAGCAGGCCGACGCCACCCCCGACAACCGCGCGCGCCGCCGCGGCUAGCUGGCUGGCUGGCCAGCACGUACCGACGACGAACGCCUGGCUGCCGCGCCGUGCAUGGGCGCGGAUUCCCAAGCACGGGGGGACCUAUAUAAAUAAUAUAUACUCCUGCUACUGUCAAUCACUGUCAUGCGGGCCCGGGAGUUUUACUGCUGGCCUGCAUGUGUAAUUUCUUCUUCUUUUUUUUUUUUACUUUCCUCGUCCGUGAUAAUCGAUCUCGAAUAUAUAGGGUCGGUCGGUGAGGAGACGAGAUCAUCAGUUGAGAUAAAAACAAGGGAGGGCUACCUAUAUGGCUGAUGCUGCAGCAGCAUAGCUAGCCCAAACCUGUGUGUAUCUGUCAAUGUCAUAUACUAUCUGUCUUGAUAUGCAUAUGAUCAGAUGAAAUGGUAUAAAAGUUUUGAACAUUUCAGUCAA